CAGAGGCAAGUCGUCGCCGCUCCGUCGUGGGUCUUCUUCACGCUGUGAUUUUUUUAGGGGGAAAACAUAAGAAGAUUUCGGAACUGGAUUUUCUCUUGCUGUUUGUGCUGUUUGGUUUGAGAGAAACGAAGCAAUAGAACUGACUCUUUCUUUUAAACAUUAAGGAAAGAUUGACCCUUAGCCGUGAAACCGUUCUGAAAGAAUUGUAUUUUCCUUGGCGAAUAAACUCCAGAAGAAAUUGGACAGAUAACCGAACUUGCAUAUUAUCCGAAUGAUGUGCAGGUGAGGCGCCGACAAUGGACGAGGUGUUCGGCAACAGCAGCAGCGAGACCGUGAUGGAGGCCGACCUCUCCCGGGUUCUCGCCAACAUCAACCAGGACAUUGCUGACCUGCAGUACCUUCAGCUUCAGCACGAGCCGCUCAAACCCGCCGCGCGCGCCGCCCACACUCAGCCGCCCGCGGCCAUCACUACCAAUGUGGCGCACAUUGUCAACCGACCGAUGCCCCGGGCCUAUGUCGGCGUGCCACCGCCGUGCGCAGCGAGGGCGCCGCAGGAGAAGGGCGUCGGCGCGGUGGCUCACGUGCCCGUCAUCACGAGCGUGAGUCGCCACUUGGACAGGAACAGCAACGUGCAAGUCCGCGGCGAGCAGGAAGCUACGGGCGGCAGCAUGGCACUCAGACACACUCAAUCGGCCGUGGUUGGUCGAGUGUGCCAGAGCCAGACCCCCAGGCCCCGGGCGCUCAGCACGGGGGCCACCGCGUGCCAUGCCUACCAUCAGAACCCCCAGUGUCAACAGAGCCACCGACAGGAGAGUCACCCGAAGAGCUCGACGCCCUUCCCUCUCGGUCCGCGCAGCGUUCACGAAGCCACGCAUUGCUACGUCAAUCUCCAGCCGCCUCAGCGUCAGGAUCGACCCGUGUCUGUUUAUGACAAUGUUGUAGGACCUCCGCCCGCUGCCACAGGCACACCGCCCCACUCGGCCCCGCCCAUCCUGUCUGCCGCGUCGGCCUCCUCGCUGCCGGCGCCCAAGCCACUCUACAUGAAUGUCCCCUUCCCCGCCGCCAGCCGUUUGUCCCCGCAGAAGGACAGACUCAACAGCUCGGCCGUGUGCGGCAGCAACAGCGCGCCAUCAACUCCUCGAGGCGGGACCGGAGCGCCUCACCGCCUCCACCACAGCUACAUUGAGAUCUGGACGGGGACGAACGAGGAGAGAGACUCGCUCAGUGACAGCGAGUGUGAGGAGCUGAAGCGCUCGUUCCAGGAGCCACAGACCCCUUCCUCGCACCGCCCUUCCCCCGGCUACGUGGAAAUGAGUUCGCCGUACAUCAAGAGCCCUCAGGUCCCCAGUCCCUUCAAUGGCUCCGUAUUAGCCGACCUUGCGAACAAGCUGGCCACGUACGCCGGCCACCAGCCACGGAAUAUCUUCUGCCCCUUCUGCCCGCGGUACUUCGGGUAUGAAAAGAGCCUGGGCAGCCAUAUCCACAAAGUCCAUCGAGAGGAACUGAAUACCAUGGUGGAGAGUCGCCCCGGCCAGGUGCAGCUGCAAUUCUGCCCCAUAUGCCAAGCACGGUUCUUCAACAACUCUGUCCUUCCAAAGCAUCUGAUUGACUUCCACAGAGCAUCGGUCAUUGAGAUUUUGGAAAAGAAUAAUUGUAUAAUGUCAGACACAGCCGGCAUCCAGUGCCCUUUCUGCACCAAAAAGGUUCCACACGGCAAAACGGGCGAACAAGUAUUGCUGUACCACAUGCAGCAGUUGCACCUUUCCGACUUCGAGGGCAUGGUCAACUCCAAGUUCAAGCCUCUUACCAGCGGGGCCUCGGCAGAGUCCCUUCGGAGUCUCUCGUCAGGGGACUUGUCUCAACUCGUCUCGUUUCACCCAGGUGUGACCUCCACUCCUGGGCUGAGUAACAAGAUGGGUACUAUGUCUCUGGUCCCUGGAGGAUCUGGCAGAAAUAUGGAGGCCCUUGAUUUGGACGCCACGUGGUCGUCGCACCGUGGCAAGUUCAGGUCCCCGAUGCCGCCACCGCCACCGCGACCUCAGGGAACAGGAGCGAAGGAACAAACUCAGCAACCGACAGCGCAGCCAAAUGCACAAGAAAAUCAAAAACAUUUACCUGUUUCCACAAGCAAAGGUAUUUUGCGUCACCAAAGUGGAUUGAGUCGAAAGCCCAGUGUAAAGCGUGAGUUGCGGUUCAGUGUUCCUCCGGUCACCAGUGAAGAAGUCUUUAUACCAGAGUCACCAGAACAGAGCACACCAGAGCGCCUAGUGAACGAACAGCAGCAGCAGCAGAAUUACCAAAACCAUCACCAGCUUCAACAGAUGCAGAAGAUGCAAGGCCAGGAGGUGUGUGAGGACGGCUCCAGGAGGACCAUUCCCAUCCGCGUCGACAGCCUUUCUGCGGCUGACUUCAUGGACCUCAACGAGAAAGCUGGAGGACAGAGGAAGAGGAGGCGUUUGGGCUUAGGCCUACGCUCAAGAAAGGCUUUCAAGAAGAGAGACAAGGAGAAUAUUGGAGAACGCGAGUUAAGCAGCUUGGUCUCUGGCGCAAGCAAGAUAGUUGACGGAGCCAAGAAAUUAAUCACGGACGGGUCUCAGGCGGGCCCUGGCGAGGUCGUCCCAACUGCUGCCACCCGUACUUACCGUCGACCGAGGCCUGUAGCAAUGCCACGGGUUCCAGACCUCCCUCCUCCUUCAAGCACGCAUACAUGUCAUGGAAACCCCGAGAUGAUGCAGCAGGAGGAAAACCACCCAGCUGUGUUGGACAAAGACGAAGACCACGGAUCUGACGUGUCUCCAUUUACACAUCUCAAGCUGUACUCUCCCCUGCGCAUGUUCCGAUGCAACACGUGUCGGGUCAAAUUCUGCGAUAACGAGUCCCUGAGUGGUCACAUCGGGUCAAGACACCGUGGUUUGCUCUACCUUCUGAGACCACAGUACGGGUGCGGUGUGUGUUCUGCGCGGUUCUACGAAAACAAGUAUCUGGUGAAGCACUGUCUUCAGCACCACACAUCGUUGCUUGAGAUUCGUAGUCCCCGCAAACACAAAAUAGCCAUUUAUAGAUUUACUCACGCAUAGAGAAGUUCUGUGUGUACGCGUGGGAGACUGAAUACCCAAGUGUCUAAGUGCAAAAUCUUGUCAUAAUUGAAUAUAUGUAUAUAGCUAUUCUACAUAAUUGAAUAUAUUCAGAUGGCUAACUCAGCACACAUUAGAUACAUCUGUAACAUAAUGUAAUAUUGUAGAAAACUUUAUUGUAUAAUACUUUUCUUAGCAAUACCGACUUCUUGCUCAUGUAUAGUGCGAGUCAUCAUAUGGACAAAUGAUGCAGUAUUUUUAAUGUAUAUUGAAUCUAUAUAUCGGACUUUCUGCUGAGUGCAAGACUAGCACCAGCGAAACAUUGCAUAAAUGUUUUGCAUUUUGUCACGUGUUUGACCAUUACUGUUUUUUUAACACACGUCAUAAUGGAUGUUUAUUGUUGUGUACAGAUUAUCUUUACCUGUAUUAUGCUUGGAUGUGCCAGUUUACACAUUACUAAGCUCUCGGUGCCAUAUGUAAUAAUAAAAAGUUAA